GAACAUUCAAUAUUUGUGGCAAGAUUGUCUGAAAGCAAACUUUCUUUUUCCCUCUCUAGAAUUAUAGCAUUCCUACAGUGAUUAACGAGAAAAGGUCUCGGGCGAUGUCGCCAGGAAAUUAGUACCAGAGACAGAAGACAUUUGAAAUACGCUGAGUUCUCGAGAAUAAUUAGUCGGUAACAUGAAGUUGUCUUCGUCUCUUCGAGUAAUUCUUGGACUUAUCUCUUUAUCUCUCGUUUGCCAAGCUGAAGAUGACUUUGACAAAGAAGACAUCUCGUCGGCCGAGCAUCUUCUUCAAAAAAUCGUUCCACUGGGCUCUAUGCCUUCGAUGCCAGACGGCUUCCCUUCCUUAUCAGAGCUGAAAACAGACAAGUUUGAAUACAGCACUAACAAAGGUAAAGUUACAGUUACUGCCGACCUGGAGGAUCCCGUCAGCCUCCUUGGACAAGCAAUGACUCUAAAUGACGUGAAAAUGACAUUCAAGUAUGACAAGAAUAGACCAGAAGGGAAAUGGCAGUUCAACGCGGAAGGCAAAUGGAAACAAGGCAACAUGACAGCAAAAGUGAAGAUCGAAGAGUCCAAAAUUGGUGAUCAUCACACCAUGGUGGCAGCGGCAGACAGACUUAACGUGUACGAUGUUGCAUCCGAGCUCUCAGAGAAGAAAAGUGUUGAACAUGCAGGAAUGAACGUCGAUACUCUAAAGGAACUCUUUCUAACAGACGUUGAGAUGUACUCAGUUUUUAAAGGAAAUGAUGAUUAUGUAUUCAUGAUUUCUGGAGACCCGCUUCUCUCUGACACCCAUUCUACCGAUUGCAAAGUGUUCAUACAUAAAACGCCCGGAAAGAAAAGUGUGUUUUCAGUCUUGCUAGAGUUCAAACACGAUCUCCCUUCGCGAGCUCUCAUAAAACUCGUCAGUGAUGACCUAUUCAAGAUCCCGUUCAUAAACCACCUUAUCGCAAAAACGCGAGUUUUCCGAAAGAGCCGCACAAAUUUUGGCUUUGUUGCUUCAACGGGAGACGUUGACAAGCUUCCACUAAAGUCGUUCGGUGAUGGAAUCCUAGCAGAUGAAUUACAAGCUCAUAUUUCUAAAGGAUUGACCCUCCUGCUUCCAUUCCGCCUCGGGAGCGAAGAGAGGAAGCCGGUCAAAGUCGCAGUAGUUGUUAACCCUCCUUUGGUGAAAUUCAUAACUUCUCGCCACGAACAGGUCAGCGUGGAACAGACCUUGAAAGCAUUGUCACCCAGUUCAAGAAUAAGGGUCCUACCUAAUGGGUUUCCAGAUCUAUCCUCUGUGAACAUCGAUCACUUCAGUUACAAUAUUCACCAAGAAACCUUCACUGUACACGCAAAGUUAUCUGACACUGUCGCCGUAAUUCCCGGCCUUUUGAACGUAUCUGAGACAGAUGUAACGUUUCGCCAUCGAGUUGGAGAUGAAUUCAACACGUGGUCGUUUGAGGGUCAUGGGGUAUCGGAGCUGGGAGGGGCAAAGGCAAAUAUUACCUUGAAAACAGAGGAAGAGACUAAAGUUGUUUUUAUCACAGGAAAGGCAGAAAAGAUGUCGGUGAAGUUACUCGCUCAGCAGUAUGGACUUUCGUUUAUACCAGAUGCUGAAAGUGAUGCCAUCGUUCAAAACAGUCAAAUGAGUGAUUUCGACUUUAUCCAACCAAAAAUCAAAUCCGCCACCUCAGAUAAGCAAAAGAAUCGUUACAUUCACAUUUCAGGUCUUGGAAAUUUCCCGGGUGUUGACAAAGCUACGGAAGCUGAAGCAGUCGUUUAUGAAGACAAAGGGAAACUUAAGACAUCCGUCGGUUUUAUAUUUCCAAAGAUACCCAUGCCGUUUAUAAUCGAGGCUUUGACAGGAUAUGAUGUGGAUAAGUUGAAAAAAUUGCUAAGGAACAGCUUCAACACGUCUCUGGUUCUCUCUUUAGAUGACGACGAUUCUUUAUUCGAGAAUCCAACACUAUCUGGACUCUCUUUCGAACGCGGAAUCUCCAUGGUUGGUCUCUUCCGAAUGCCUGGGGAGUGCCGCCAUGACAAGAUGUGUAAGGCGGCAAAAAGCAUGCUCGAAAGCGAUCAAUGGUACCGGAUCCAAGGUCUUGUGAAACGAGAUGGAUUCAAUCUGGCUGGGAUGGUAAAUCGCAACUAUGUUUUAGGUAAUGGCCUUGUACUGCGAGACAACAUGCUGCAACUCACUAUCAACGAUGACUCGUCCUUUGAUGUGCAGUCUAAAUUAACAUUUCCAAAAGAACAACUUUCCUUCGCUGGAAAUAUCAACUUUGACAACGGUAGUGUGGAGCUGUCCAUGAAGAGCGAGGAUGCUAUUUACCGAUCACACAACGGUGGAUACUUGACAUUCGAUCAGCUAUCCCUUAACACUGAAAUAAUGAAUUCAGUUCCCUUGCAAAAGCUUCCGCUAACAGGAAGAAUGACUCUUGGAAAGUCAGGCAGUGGACAUGAAAUAACGGCACCCUGUUCAAUCUCUUAUCAAGCAAUGCAACCAGACUAUAGCCGAGUAGAGUCCAAGCUAUCUGAGGUCACAAUGUAUCACGUUGCAGAAGCUAUGGGAAUCAACGCAACUCUUCCCUUUCCACUUGCCUAUGCACCCUUCGUGGGUGGUUUGGAAGUGAUCUAUGACCCAGCUAUGAAAACCAAAACCAAUCUCACCAUGAGAGGAAAACUUCAUAUCUUUGAUCGGCAUUUUGACUCUGCGGUUGAGAUGAAUAACUCUGAUCAUAUCCAUCUGACGUCCUCCUACACUAAGUCUCCUUUCGUGUUGUCCGAUGGCUUUAUUGUGGUGCAAGAGAGCAAGGAAAUAUCUAAAAGUGGCCCGAGAUUAGAUGUCAGCAUUGCUCCGUUUGAUGUCAAGGUUAAACUUGUUGGAUUUGCCAGAGUUCUUGGUACAGGAUCUCCAACAGAAAUAAAGAUUUCUGACUCUGGUACAGAAUUUCCUGUUCAGGGAAAUCUAUUUGACAUUUCGUCGACUGGGUUGUACGUCUCAUCUCCAGAAGUUUUGGGAAAUUCUGAGGCAUCCUCAUUUCAGGCUUAUGGAUGUCUUCCUGGUAUUCAUGACAAGGUCCUCAGUGCAGUAGAUACGUUGAUCAAGGCAGCAGCCACAGAAGCAGAUAAUUUCAUUCAUCAAGCAACAGACAACCUCAAAGAAGCUAAGAACUACUACCGCAAGGCCACAAAGAACGAAGAAUACUAUAGACAAAAGCUGGACGAAGAGGAGAAUAUUCUGAAUGAGAGAAACAGAGAAGUUUGGCUGGCAGAGCAGCGAUACAACAGCAGCUGUAAAUUGAACCAGUGCACGAAGAGCUGCAUUGGUUGCCCUGAUUGGAACAGAUGUUGCACUCGUGAUGUAUUUGGUAGCUGUGUUGAGUGUCCAUCCUGGAAUAAAUGUUGCUACAAGACAGGAGACCCCGUAUGCGUUGCAAGCAACCACGGCUGUGAUCAUAUAAGAAGGGUGGCCAGCGGUAACCUUGAGGAUGCCAGAGACAUCUACUUCGACCAGAAACGGCGAGUGAACAACGUAACUCAAAGUGUUUUCGACGCUGAAUUUUCCAAAGGCAAAACAAAAGCAGUUUUGGACGCGGCUGGCAAGGCACUUUCGUUAAUCGAUCGGGAUUCCACUAUUGGUAUUGAGGCAUCAAAAUCUAUUAAACACGUUGGUCUAGAAAACGUGCUCAAAAUACAAAGCAUUUGUUUCCAGGCCCCUGUUGAUUCCUUGGCAACCAGUUGCAUUAAUAUGAGUGUGAAUGCUAGUGUCAUGGGCUCUGAUGAGGUCAAGACGCUACCCUUUCACGCAUGCCUCAACAAAGAGUUGGUUCCCCGGAUGGCACGGUUCCUGGCAAACUACUUGUUUCCAGAUAUUGGAAGUUCUAAGCAAAAGCGGAGCCUGAUAAAUGAGGAGAAAAACUCUUUGCCUGAUUCUGUCCGAGGGGAAGGGAAACUGACAACUUUCUUGAGACGUCGUGGAUUAGUAAGGAGGACAAGAGAUGCCGAAACAGCCGAUGAACGUGAAAAUAUUGAGCCGUUCUGGGACCUUAUUCAACAGCAUGAUCCCUUGAAGGAAGUGAAGAAGGGGGCACCUCCAAGUCACCCCAGCAUGGGAAACCUGAAGAGAAAGUGGAAGAUACCAGCUACAAAAACCGGGAAAUGCAAGAUUUAUCAUCAGUUGCUGGAUAUUUGUCGCGAUAUGAUGAAGACAGUGAAGAAGAUGUACGGCACUUACAUGUACGAGCGAUACCUUUUCGCAAAGGAGAAAGAUCACUUCACACGAAAGCUGAAGAGGGUCACGAAACAGCUCGAGAUUUCUGAAAUGGGAAAAGAAAUGCGAUGAAGCACUGAAGCAUCAAGAAACAAUCAGUGUCAAGGCCUGGGUUAAAGCCAUGGACAGCAGAAUAACUUCGCUUGGAGGAGAGGGUGUAGAGCGAUUUCUAGGAAAUCUGUUCCGUGCAUUCGACGGGUUGUUCGAGAGUUCAUCUCUUCCUCCAAAGGCAGCUGGAAAAGCUGUAACGAUCAUGCAAAGAGUGCGGCAAAUCAAAGCGGCGUUUAACCAGAUCUUCAUGAAAGACAUCACACUUGGUCGUGCAAACUACCACGCCGACAGAGUGCUCUAUGACAUUGCAGAAAUAGCCAACAUCAAAAUUUACUGUCAUAAGAAGAAGAAAUGAGCCCAAGGCUUUUGUUAUUAUCUGAUGACUUUGUACAAUAUAUUGACGGAGAGCUGGGCAGUAAAAAGCCGCCCCGCUUUCGUUCCCUAUUUUACACGGGCUUUAAUUCUAUUUUCAAUUGUUAAAAACGUUCAUAAAUAAUCUUCAGAAUGAUUUUGAAAAUCAUCUCUGCUUGUGGUUUAACAAGGUUUGAGAAACGAUCUCCAACUUUCUCCGGACUCUCCAAGUUUUGUCCUGUUCAUCGCACGCUUAGUACUUAAAUUCGGGAAUACUUUUGUUAAAAUGGAUAGGCAUUUUCAUCCUUGUUGAAAGAUAUAGAUCUAUUCGCGUUCAAUCGAUAAUUCUGCAAUCUGAUCGGUUAUAGCUACACUAUUCGUCAUUAAUUCCGUGAUAGAAAUUGGGUAUGGUGCAACUGAAAAUGUAUCUGCACGAGAAGUGACUUAUUUGUAUCCUUAUUCAUUUACAGCAGUGGCCUGUCUUGUUGAUAAGUUUUGAACGACUGGUAGAUUUAUACUAAAAAAAUAAGAUUAUUUGCUCUCGACUUCAACGCACGAUAUUUCAUCCACAACUAUCACGCGGUAGGAAUCUCGAAGUUCAUGGUCCAAUUGUUAGAUAGAAACCGAAGGUUUCGUAGAAGAAAAGGAUAGCUCAGAAAACCAACAAAGUAAGGGUCUAAUACGUCAAUUAUACCUUCAUUUUGAUCCAGCAAACUGUCAAGACGAGAGAGAAACAAGUCGCAGAUGAGCUGUCGACUUAAGCGCGCCAUUUACAUUUGUUUACAUAAAAUAAGAUGUUUCGAGAAGACAAGUUUGAUAUGGUACAGCGUAAGAGCUGAACAAAUUCCCAGAAUACGAAACCGUUAGUUCGCAUUUGCCAGAAAUACUUUUAUCUGAAAAGCUACUCUUAUCCCCAGAAAUUUUUAUUUGUUUCCUGAUUACGCCAGAUUUACAAAGGGUCAAAAGACUGAUUGAAUAAAUUAAAAAAAAAACC